AUGUUAUCUUUAUCAAAACGUUACAGCAGAGUUCUGAUAUACAUUUCUUCCAUACUACUAUUGUUCCUAAUCAUCCAUCGUUAUCAACAGCAUAUAUCGUUAUUUGGUACGACUCUAAGACCAUUCAGUCCAUUAUUAGGAACCCAUUCAUUGAGCACAGAAGCAAAAAUUAUAUUGGAUUCCAAUGGGUUAUCUGAUAUAGACCCUAGUAGUCAAGUAGUGGUCAAUAUAGGCCAUUUGGAUUGUUUCCAUGUUACAAAAAGACAUUUACAACAUUGUACCAUAAGCAAUCAAUUAUCGCAGUCAUCACACGAUGGAAAAGAUCUUCAGAUAUCCCGACAUAUUAUUAAGAAAGAUCUAAGAGGUUCAUUCGGUUAUAGGUGGUUUAGUAAGUCACAGUAUCUUUUUUACGAAACUGUUCCAAUAACUCUUCUGUUGAUAGGUAACGAUAACAAUGGUAAAGAUGAAAGCAAUAAUAUUCUUCAAGGUAUCGUUUCCAUUUCAAAAACCAAAACAUCCAAAUCAACCACAGUUGGCGAUCUGGAAAUAGCUACACUACCGUUCACAGUUGAUAAUUUAAGGCAACAAAAUCAAUAUUAUCCAGGUUUCAUUUCUGAUUUGAAUAUAUUGUUUGGAAUCGAUUGUGUAGAACCAAGAUUUGGCUGGAUAUUGAAUAAAGAUUGGACUUUAAUUGAUGAAGCUUAUUCAAGAUUUCCAAGUUAUUUAUCGACAAGAUACCUUAUCAAUAAAGAAGAAAAAGUGUCUUUAUCUCAACCUUUAAGGCCAAAUAAAGAAACAGGUAAGUUUAAAAUUGUUCAAUUAGCAGAUUUACAUAUGGCAGUGGGUGAAAAUACAUGUAGAGACGAAUUCCCAAAGACUGAUGAAGAUUGUAAAGCUGACCCUAAAACUUUAAAAUUUAUUGAAUCAGUACUUGACAUUGAAUCUCCCCAAUUAGUCAUAUAUACAGGUGAUCAAAUUAUGGGAGACCUUUCUAUCCAAGAUUCAGAAACAACGUUAUUGAAGGCUUUAUCUCCUGUCAUCUCAAGAAGGCUUUCUUGGGCUAUGGUUUGGGGUAAUCAUGACGAUGAAGGUAGUUUAUCACGUUGGCAAUUGAGUGAACUGGCAUCCAUAUUACCCUUCUCACUGUUCCAAUUUAGUCCGAAGGACACCAAUGAUAAUUCCUUUGGUGUAGGGAAUUACGUUGAAAAUAUUUAUGAUUACAGUAAUGAACUGAAAAUUACUUUAUAUUUCCUGGAUUCUCAUAAAUAUUCUAAAAACGGGAAAAUAUUCCCAGGUUAUGAUUGGAUUAAAGAAGAUCAAUGGGAGUAUAUGAAAUCAUUACAUUCUUCAACCCCCGAAAACAAGGGUAUCUCUAUGGCAUUUUUCCAUAUUCCAUUGCCAGAAUAUUUAGACUUGGAUUCAAAGAAGGUCCCAAGUCAACAAAAUGAAAUUGUAGGCCAAUUUAAAGAAGGUGUUACAGCUCCUAAAUAUAACUCAGGUGGACUAUCCACUUUACAAGAAUUGGGUGUCACAGUCACCAGUUGUGGGCAUGACCAUUGUAAUGAUUAUUGUCUCAGGGAUGAUUCCACACCAAGCAUGAUAUGGCUAUGCUAUGGAGGUAGUGCGGGAGAAGGCGCAUAUGCAGGGUACGGUGGGACAGAAAGAAGAAUACGAGUAUUUGAGAUUGAUACUACUGAUAAUAGUGUAUAUACGUGGAAAAGAUUAAAUGGCUCACCUAGUGAGAUAUUUGAUAAAGUGAAGUUACAAUGA